AUGCCUCCCAAAGCAGCUACAAUGACAGCGAGCAGGCCUCGAAAGCCUCGCAAGCCCUUGAGAAUACCGACGCUUCCGCCCGACGUACACAGGCAGAUCUUGUCUUUCGCGUCCCAAUCUACCCUGCUCUCUGCGCGGCUGGUCAACAAGAACUUCAGCUCCAUCGCCACACCCUUGGCCUUUAGUUAUCUCUAUCUUGGAUCAAAAUGGGACUGCGACCGCCUCGUGUGCGUAUCCAAAAGCCCCAAGCUCAGUGGCUUUGUGGAAGAGAUUGAUCUUGUCGGCUGGAUCGAAGAAGCUGAGUGGUGGAAGCACCACUACCCCUGGAGGAUGCUCGCGAUCCUGCCAUACAUCAGGAGCUUCCGGAACUUGAAGUCUUUCUAUCUUGAGAUAGCAGGUUUUAAUUUCAACUGGCAGGUCGCUUCCCUCUUUGGAGGUCCAUUCGCGGCAAAGGAGCUGAGGAGCGCCCUGCUCGACACACUUUUUGCCUGCAUCGCUAGGGAGUGGACCCAGGAAGAGCAUGCCGGCUUGUUGGCCUUCAUAAUCGCCCAGAAGAAACCUGAAGACGACAAAAUGUACGUUCAAUGGAUCCCUCCGGACGCGGAACCUGCGCGACCGGACGUAAUCGACUUUGAUGAGGAUAUGUGUGCAAUCAUGUUAGAGGAAGAGUUCGGCAAGAAAAAGAAGAAGCCCAAGCCGCGGAAUCGUCCACCUGACGCGAAGCUACUGCAAGAUCCCCUUUGGCAGUCCUGGGAGAAUCUUCUUAGUCCUGCUCUUCCUCUAGAGACGCUGAGCAUCGGAGGUCUCGCCCGCAGCGACGACUUGGAUGUCUUCAGGAGUUCAGCUUUCAAGAAGAUUGCCUCAUUGAAGUCGUUGACAGCAUUGAAGUUCUCGGUCUCUCACAAGACGGAUUCCUAUGCCAAGUCUGUCACGCAAAUGUACCGGUCAGACUCGCCAAUGCUUCACUCCCUGCCAAAAACCCUCCUUUGUCCCGCGAUUGCAGAUAACUUGAGAGUGCUAUCACUCUAUAGGCCCGAUAACUUCGGCUGGCAUCCGUCUCUGGACUUCCGCCGGAUCAACUGUAAGGGCAAGUCUCCGCUCAUGGCGGGCUUGCCCAGCCUCCGCGUGCUUGCGUUGGGCGGGUUUGCUUUCACACAGACUUGGCAAGCUGAUUGGGUUGCUUCACUCGGCAGGGGCUACGGAGGCAGUGGUUUGAAGGAGCUGUAUCUCGAUAAUUGUCAUGUCCUCACUGAGGCUCGCAAGUUUCGCCUCCAGUCUAGCCAGACAACCAUCGGACGAGACUCAUCAGGUCAAGCAAUUCAAGUCGACAACUCUAAUUUCCCGGACGCCGAAUCUAUCGUGAACGGCAUUGGGUCGGAUCGGAUGCGCUUUGACCUGCGAUGGCAUCACAUUCUCAACUCAUGGCGUCAGAGCAUGACGGCACUUCAGGUCUUCGUCAUGGGUUGCGGAGAUCAUGGCGACGACUGCCUCCGAUCAGUCGUCGAGGCCAACUAUCCUGAUCAACUACCCAUCAUGAGCGACCAUGACCGCGAUCCGCGCUUCUUCCGGCACGGAGAAAAGGCUUUCCUCAACUACAAAGCACCGCCCCCUCCCUUUGAUCACGAGGAACCCCUUGGCGAUCGUUACUAUAAGAAGAGAAAUCGACCCGAAGCGCCGCAAUACAAACACGGGGUCAGAAUGACAGUGAAUUGGGACUCAGAAUGUUCAUGGCGAAACAACGGCCCAAUCUUGCGUUAUACCAAGUUCGACGGCGGCAUGGAUUAUUACCCCUGGACUGAAUCUUAUGACGACGAGAGACCAGACUUCAGACAUCAAGGCAUGAAGACUGAUGAGCCAGAUACGGUGAAAGAGGAUAUGAAGGCUUAUGAGUUGCUCAUUGCAACUGUGAAGACCAGAGCGGCAUCCUGA